UCCUGGUGAAUGACCAUCACUAGUGUGUUUUUCGUGUUUAUUUUGGUAGUUGUCUGUCCCUCCGCUAGCAUGCUCAGCUCCAGGGUGAUAUUUCUUUCUAGUGCCAAGACAGCAAAUUCAGUCCACCACUCCUCUGCCCACCCAGACUGUGUGGGGACCCACCAGUGACGCGGAGACAAUACAAGGCUCAGAUCUGCUUCACCCCAAACCCCGGGACACCGACGUCUCCCUUACACUCGAUCUCCAGGGAACCACAGCCCAAAGGCGUCCAGAAGUCUGGGGGCUCAAGGCAGCUCCCCUGCUGGGUCUUCAGGGAACCUCCUUACAAGCCCAGCCACAUGCCUCCCGUGGGGCGCCCGUGAGCUGGGCUUCGGGAUGAUUCGGGGACAGGACGUGGGGCCGGCUGAGGACAUCUGAGGUCACAGAGGAGAGUUCUAUUCCUCCCUGUCCGCCCAGGAAAGGCCACCGGAAGGCUGUGCGGGAAAGAGAACGCAGGGGGCGAAAGGUUUUCCUUUGGCGCGCGUGGCUCCAGAUCCGGGUCACGUGGCCGGCUCAGGUGUCAGCUCGGGAACGGCUCCUGCACUGGCGCAGACUAAGCCUGUGUGGGGGGGGGGGGGGUGUCACUGUUACACCCCAGUUCCAGAGCCGCGCACGUCGAGGCCCCGGCUGUCUGAUUCACGGUCAGGGCAGUCGGUCUCUGAAACGCGUGUGCUCCUCUGGCCAGAGCCGGGGGCGUUCUGCGUGCUCCCGGGGGGACGGCGCCCCACUGGAACACAGGCCCGGCCGCCCGCCGCAGAGGCGCGGGUCCAGCCCCACCUCACUCCCCGGAAGCCUCGCCGCACCGGGAGGAAUUGCAGAGGAGCCCGGUGGGAACUCACGCCCGCAGGUGGCGCAGACCCGGCCCGGCUCUGGGGCGCGCCCCUUCCCGCCGGCUCCCCGCAGGCGCCCGAGCCAGCGCUCCGAGAGGACCGACUGCGUAAGGCCAAGGCCGAGCCGCGAGCGGCCCGAGUUGAGGGUCGGCAGCAAAGGGCAGGCGCGGGCCACUAGUUUUCCAGUCGGGUCCGGCCCCACAGGGGUUCGCACUGCUGAGCGCCACUCUUUCCUUGGUGCGGAGGCACUGCGGUACUUUCCCAUAUUUACUUCCGGUGCAGUCUGGAAGUCGCCUGGGAAAGCCGGAAAUAGGGUUGUGGCCACUGAGCGGGCCGGAGUCGGAAGUGGCUAGCAGGGCGCCGCCAUGACAGGUCGGGGCGGAAGCCGGGGUAGGGCGCCGCCAUGACAGGUCGGGGCGGAAGCAGAGGUAGGGCUCCACUCUGACGGACUGGCGCCAAAAGCAAUAGGGCCGCUUGGCCGCUGUGUGAACGGAGUAAACAAGGCAGGGAGGGCGCCGCCAAGACAACCUGACACCGGAAAAGGCGGGACUCUCCUCCGGACUGUUUCUCCCGGCACCUGCCUCGACAUGCAGGCGGCGCUGGAGGUCACUGCCCGCCACUGCGGCCGGGAGCUGGACCAGUACGGCCAGUGUGUGGCCGCCAAACCCGAGUCCUGGCAGCGGGACUGUCACCACCUCAAAAUGAGCAUCGCUCGCUGCACCUCUAACCACCCAAUCAUCCGUCAGAUCCGCCAGGCCUGUGCAGAGCCCUUUGAGGCCUUUGAGGAGUGUCUUCGGCAGAAUGAGGCAGCCACAGGCAACUGUGCGGAGCAGGUGCGCCGCUUCCUGCAGUGCGCUGAGCAGGUGCAGCCGGCGAGCCCACCUGCAAGUGUGCAGGCACAGCCACUUCCUGCCUCCUGAGGACUCUGGACUAUGUGAAAGCUGGACAGGAGUGACUGGCCACUUACUGCCCCCAGCCCUGAAGAGUGAGUGACCAGAUGCUAUUCUCAGGGCCCUGGAUAUGGGCCCAGUCUCUGGACAUCGGGACACUCAAUAAAUAAAGACUGUGUACACCAGGCUUUGAUUCCUGCCUUCAGCACUGAGGGCCCUAGACUCCCUUCUGGGACUUCCAGAAGACUGCACGGGACAUCCUUCACUCUCCAAGGGGCAACUUCCGUCUGUCACUGAGGGCUGUUUUUGUGGGCACUGACCACCUAGCACUUCUGCCUGCACUGUGAGCUUGAGCGGCUCCUGCCAUUAGAAGAGCCCUGAGCAGCACUCAGCACACAGAAGGGGGUGCCAUGUGGAUCCAGGCAGUGGCUGCUGCAGCUUCUUCCUCUCUCUUAGGGUGUCAGAUUCCAUGGGCACAGCUGGUGAUCACAGGCUCUAGAGGGCAGGUCUGCAGGAGAAGGACCCCAGAGUGCUGAACUCUGCAUGCCUGGGGCUGCACCCAGAUUUACUAUUCAGACCUGUUGCUCCCCUGGAGGUGACUCCAAAUCUCCAGAAAUUGGAAGUGACUUGCCAAUGCUGACUAGACUGGCCAUUUGAAACCUGAGGCUGUGCCCUGGCUUUGAAAAAAUGAGCUAGAGUCUGUCCUGGGGAUAUGAUCUUUAAGACAAAGGCAGUUGGCCUGGGAGCUAAGGUGUAAGUCCAAGUGGUCAGGGUGGAGGGAGCAACGUGGUCCCUGAAGGGCUGUGGGGAUCUGGUAGCUUUUGUUCCCAGCUCCAGUUUCCUUGGGUUGUAGACUGAGCCCUCCAAUUUCUGGCCAACUUCACUUUGCCUGAGUGGGUUCAGUUCCAUGUAACUGAAAAGUGUGAUAACAGACAAGACAAGAUCAAGACUACAUUUCAGAAUAUGUUCCAGUAGGCUAGAUCAACUCCCUACGUGGUGACCUCAGGGGUCCAGGGGAGCCAAAUGGAAGCCUUAAACCUUUACCACACACCAUUGGUCAAAGCAAGACCUGAGACAGGAGUGGCGGGGGUUGGAGGGGAUAGCACCUCUCAAUGGCAUUUAGCUGCAAAGACUUUUUGCCCGUGUUUAAACUACCAUAAAAUCUUCAUAGUUUCUA